AUGGCAUCAGGCGCAUCAGAGGCGAAGAUCCAAGAACUCCUCGCAAAGCCUCGCGCUGAGCUCACAGAGUACGAGAUCUCUCUCCUCGAGACUCACGAGUUCACAUCAGGCCCGCUGUCGCUCCUCCAGACCGCCGUGCGACAACACACUCAGGUCCUCAUCUCAUGCCGUAACAACCGCAAGCUGCUGGGUAGAGUCAAGGCCUUUGAUCGCCACUGCAAUAUGGUGCUCGAGAAUGUGAAGGAGAUGUGGAGUGAGACUCCCCGCACGUCUGAUGGCAAGAAGGGCCGCGUGGUCAACAAAGACCGCUUCAUCAGCAAAAUGUUCUUGCGUGGAGACAGUGUCAUUCUGGUGUUGCUGAGUUGA